UGCGCUAUAGUAGCCAAUCCAAUCCAGCCAGACUGCGAGCUGGUGCUGCAGGCUGUCACUUCACGGAUCGCUUUUACCUGCAACGGACUGAACGGAAAGAUAACGCGUGCAGGUGGACUUGGCUGUUCAAAAGGCUGAGCGGAGGAGAUAUAAUACCUGUAUUUUAAUUUCUUCUGCGGAAGCCUGGAAUUGCGAAGAUGUCUCUUUUUAAGAAAAAGUCGUCCAAGAGUAACGUGGCUCUAACGCAGACCAAAACACAAGCAUCUGAGUUGAGUGAACUGAUUGAAAGACUGCAGAAGGAUGCUGACGAAGUGGAAAAGAACAUCAUCGACUGUGACGAUAAGCUACGAAAGGAUAUAGACAGAAUUCGAGGAGGGAAGUCAUACCAAUACUACAAUGACAUUGAGGGCAAGAUUGCAGAGUCAAACAAGUUGCUGAAAGUUUUGGAGGUUUCUGCUGCUGAUGCCCACAAACUGAAACAUCCACAGGCUGCGAUGAUAGAGGAGGACAUCAGGCAGAUGAAACAGCGAAUCCUCAAACUGCAGGCUGAGAGUGACAGAACCUACAAGACAUCUCAGACGGAUAACAUCCCACGGAUUGACUGGGUGAAGAUAAUUGAUGAGAAACAGGCCGCCCUAAAUAACAAAGGUUUUGGUGCUGACCUGCCCUCUGUGGAUAAACAAGUGGAGGAGCACAUUCUGUUCCACAGUGAAGUAGAAGCCAUUGCUCCUCAUAUCAACCAAAAUCAGAAUAAGGAAUAUGUCAGUGGAGUGAAUGUUAAAUACAACAAACUGCUGAAUAACUCUCAGGCAAGGCAGAAUGACCUGAACAGCCUGCGCGACUACAUGCAGCGCUGCACCAAUGAGCUUUACUGGCUGGAUCAGCAGCAGGAGGACCGGAUCAGUUAUGACUGGAGUGAUAAGAACUUGGAUUAUAUGUCUCGGCAGAGGCAGUAUGAGAAUUUUAUUAACAAGCACCUGGAACCAAAAGAAGCUGCUGUGACCAAACUUCAUGAGGAUGCCCAAAACCUACUGGCUGAAAAUCACCCUGGGAGAAAUGCCAUUGAGGCACAUGCAGAAGCUGUACACGCUGAUUGGAAGCAAUACCUAAACCUGAUGAUCUGAGAGCAACACCUCAAGUACAUGAAUGACUACCACAAAUACAACAGAGACGCCAAGGACACACAGGACUUGUUGAAAAAGCUGGAUAAUGAGUUGAACCACAAGUACAAUCCUGAAUUCAAGGACAUCUACCAGACAGAAACCCUGAUCCAUGAUUUGGACGACCAAAUAAAAGCUCUUGACCAGCAUGAUGAGGUGAUCAAGUCCUUGCAGAAACGAAGUCAGCAAGUGCUGCCUCUGAAAUACCGAAGGGAAACUCCGCUGAAGCCCAUUCCUGUCGAGGCACUCUGUGACUAUGAUGGAGACAAGGGCUCAAUUGUACGUGGGGAGAAGUACACUUUGUCUAAAAACAACACCUCAAUGUGGGACGUGGUAGACAGUGAAGGGAAGAAGAUUACCGCACCUGGAGUCGCUUUCAUUGUUCCCCCCACUGACGUCGACGCUGUCACUUUUGCUGACAACCUUGCCAAUCAACAGAAGGGUCUGAAACAAAAAGCAGCAAACAGCAAGGCUGCCCUGGCAAAACGAUAUGAAGAGCUGAAGAAAGAAAAGCCGACAGGCUUCGAUGAGCAGGAGCAGCAGUGUCGCCAGCUGAUGUCCGGGCUAGACAAAGUCUACAAUGAUUUGGACAGACAGGAGAAGGAUGUCUAUUCACGUCUUCGUCCGCCACUGGACCAGAACCACCCCAUCCAGGACAGUACAGAGCGGCUGAAUGACCUCAUGACAAUCAAAGGUUCUGUCAGGCGCAUUGAACCUGAAAAGUCCUCAAAGAUCCGUGAAGCAGAGGUCUUCUUGUCGAAGAAUCCUUCCUGUGCGAGCGCUCCACAGCUCUACAACAAAGUCAAUGAUGCCCGAACCAAGUAUGACAAGGUCGACCUCCUGCUGACGUCGGCAGAAGACAAGUUUGACAAGUCCAAUCGCCUUGAGAACAGCCUGCAUAAAGGGCGCACCAUGCUGGCAACUUAUGAAAACAGACUGGCCAGGGAGGAAAUAGCCCCAAGUGACUUGAGAUCACUAGAAAACACCCAGCAGGAACUGGCUGCAAUGAACAACGAGCUGAAAUCCAAGAGAUCCACACUAUCCGAGACUGAGCAGAACCUUCAGGCAUCGAAGUUGUGCUGUGAGAACCUCACGAACAAACUGCAAGAGCACUGUCCAGACAUUGACCGGCAAGAGUCUGAAGUCCGAAAACUGAAUAAGAGAUAUGAGAAUCUUAACAAGCAAAUUAACACCAGGUCCCAGGAGCUGCAGAAGGCCAAAGUGGCUUAUGGUAAUUAUCGCAAUGACUAUGACAGCCUGAACAGCUGGAUGAGUCAAGUGCCCGACUACUCGCCAAGAGAGACUGAUGAUCCUCGGCAAAUUGAUACUAAACUGAAGAACCAGAGGAAUCUGCUAACAGACAUUUCCAGGAAGGAGGUUGAAAUGGAGAAUGUAACCAAAAGUGCACAGCAAUAUCAAGAAGCUGUCAAGAAUUAUGAAACAGAGGCAGAGAAAUUCAGGUCUGUUCUUGAUCUUGAAGAUGGCGUGGCACCCCAGUCCUACAAAAAACACAAACUUGAAUCCCCUGCUGUAAAAGUCAAAAAUGAAGAAGCUGCAAUGGGUGCAAAAUUUACUGAAGUCAGUGCCGUCAACAAGCAAAGACUGCAGAACCUGGAGUUUGCACAAAGUCUGCUGAAUCAGCAAUCUGAAGUACCACUUGUCCAGCAGACAUUCCAGACACAAAGGGCUGAAAGACCUGGUGAAGAACCUUGGAGGAUAAAGAAACAAUUAGAUGAUGAGAUUCAUCGCCGGGAGCAGCUCGAAAUAGAGCUAAAAACUGUACAGAAUGAGAUCUAUACAUUAGAAGGCCUUAAACCACAGGAUACACUAGUUAAAAAGGAACUGAUCAGAAAAGUUCCAGAUCCUCAGCUGGAUGAAGAUUACAGGAAAAUGCAGGAGAGAGUUGCCGAAGAACAGCGCCGUACCAGAACAUUAGAAACCGAACUGGAGACACUUAGGGUAAAGCUGCGUGGUUUUGAAACAGAAAAAAGGGAAGGUGCACAACAAUAUGUAGUAAAGGAAGUCCUCCGAAUCGAAAAAGAUAAAGAACAAGAGGAAGAGGUAUUAAGGCUAAAAGAGGAGUUGGAGGAACUGAGGAGGCAAAAGGCAGCCAAAGAAAAUGAAUUAGUGAUUCUUCAAAAACAAGUUAACGUGUUCAGUCAGGAAAGAACCAAGGAACUGGAAAAGAUCACGGAGAAAGAGGUGAUCAAAAUUCAGAAUGAUCCACAACUGGAAAGUGAGUACAGAAUGCUCAUGGAUAGCAAACAAAAAGAGAUUGAAGCUAGAAAAAAGCUGGAACAAGAACUUCUGUUUCUUCAGGAAAAGCUAAGACGGUUAGAAAAAGAAAAGGCGAUAGCCGAAGAAAAAAUCACCAUCAAAGAGGUCUUAAAGGUGGAAAAAGAUCUUGCUUUAGGGAGGGAGGUGGACUCGUUGAGGCAGGAAUAUGAAGAUGAAAAGGCCAAAAACCGAUCACUUCAGAGAGAACAAAGUGACCUUCUUAGUAGGAUUAAUCUUCUCGAAAAUGAGAAAUCCAAACCUAUUGUUCAAGAGAAGGUAAGAGAGAUUGUAAGACCCGAUCCAAAGACUGAAAGUGAAGUGUCCAGCCUUCGUUUUGAGCUUGCUGAGCAGCAGAGAAGAUGUAGGGAUGCAGAGCUGCAACUGAAGACAAUUCAAGAUGAACUACUACUGCUGAGAAACAGAGGUCCCCAGGUAGAAUACAAAGAAAUCAUUAAAGAGGUUAUUAAGUACAAGACUGAUCCAGAAACAGAACGGGAGCUUGAGACACUCCGGAACGACAUCAUAGACAAAACCCGCAGGAUUGAACGGUCAGAAAUUGAGGUGACACAGCUGAAGGAUGAAAUUCAAAGAUGGAAAGAUGCCAAGCCACAGGUGCAAAUAAAAGAAGUGAUAAAUGAAGUCCUUCAAUACAAAGAAGAUCCAAAAACCAAAGAGGAAGUAGAAUCUCUUAGAGUGCGCCUUGCGGAGGAACAGAAAAAGAGAAUUGAACUGGAAAGAGAAAAGGCAGCCAAUGAAGAGAAGAUUCGCCAGAAGGAGAUUGAGCUUUCUCAAGUUAAAGAAAAAGUGGUUCAGCAAGAAGUAGUUAAGAUGGAGACGGAUCCAAUUUUGAAGUCAGAGUGCAACACCUUUAUGCAGAAUAUUGCAAAUGAGCAGAAGCAAAAGGAAGCACUGAAGGAAGAGAUAAUUAGGCUUCAGCUGCGGAAAACGGAGUUGGAGCAUCAGCUAGAAGACUUAGAGCGAGAGAGACAAGCUAGACGAGAAGCUGAGCUUGAAAUACAAAAAUUAAGGAUCAGGCUGGGUGAACUUGAGUUGAAAGAGAAGGAAAACAGAGAUAAGGUAACUGUGAAACAGAAAGUGGUGCUCCAGCAGGAUCCUCAACAGGAAAAAGAACAUGCACUCCUCAAGUUACAGUUGGAAGAAGAGAUACACCGGCGCCAACUUCUGGAAAAAGACUUCCAAGCCACAGCCGACAAACAAGUGACACUUGAAAAGAUGGAAGUCAGGGAGAAAGUGAUCUUCUCGGAAAAGGUUCAGGUUGAGAAAGAUCCUGAAGCUGAGCAGGAGAUUGAAAAACUCAAGACUACUUUGGAAGAAGAAUCCAAGCGAAGACGUGAACUCGAGUCAGAAUUGCAACAACUCCUUUCCAAGGUGUCAGAAGUGGAAUUUUCUAACACCAAAUACUUAAAAGAAUUGGACUACAUGAGGGAAGAAAACCAGCAGCUAAAACUAGAUAAGAACCAACUGGAAAAUGAUGUCCGGCAACUGCAAACAGACAUUCACAUCAGCGUUAAGGAAUCCAAAGAUAUUACAGAAUCUCCUUUGAUGGACAGUGGAAGAAAUCUUGAGCUUCGUGUAGAAUCGCUUCAGAAAGAACUUGAUGAGUUGCGAAGUAUCACAAAUGACAAAGAUCAAGAGAUUGCCAAGCUUCAAAAGAAUUUAUCAUCAAUGAGAAUCAAGAGGGAGCAGAGAGAAAGUCACUUAAAAAGGUCCAUUGUUGUCAUCGAUCCAGACACAGGAAAAGAGAUGACUCCGGAGGAAGCACACAGAAUAGGUCUCAUUGACUGGAAAAUGUUUGUUAACCUCCAGAAUCAAGAAUGUGACUGGGAGGAGAUUUCCAUGAAAGGACCCAACGGUGAAUCCUCUGUUCUGCAUGACAGAAAAUCUGGCAAAAAAUUCUCCAUUGAUGAUGCCAUCAAGAGUGGCAAAAUAACAAGAGAUCAUCUACGCCGCUUCCAUAACAAAGAAUUAUCCAUCCAGGAAUUUGCCAUAAUGGUCUCGGGCAAAGCUUGAUAAGACGUUGAUCCAGAAGUAUUAAUCAUGCCUUGCUAUGAGAAAUGUAUUGUCAAGAAUGAUCUCCUGAAACCUUAAUUCCACAAAAAAAACCAACAAAUCUGAAUCAAUACCUAAUAAAGCUCUCGAUUAUAAUAAACUUUACCAUAAAUGUAUGACCAGUAGACAGUUCUGCACAAAUCUUGGCCUGUUAUGUACUUACACUUUCAAAAGCAGAAACCAAACAGGCGGACAGAUAAAAAAAAAAAAAAAAGUACAAAAACCUUUCUGGAGUGGGCAAGGGAGACGGAUUAAGAAUUUUAAGUAUAUCUACAAGUUUACAAGUGCAUGUUCUUAGGACCAUUCUAAAAAGGCAUAUUUAUAUAAAUAUAUAGACAUGUUUUUAACAUCAGUUGUCCUAAGUCAAUAACUACCAAAGCUGUGGAUAAUUAGACAAGUUUAGCUUCCUGAAAAAAGUGAUAUAUUUUUGGUAAUGUAACCUUUUGUGCCUUUAAUUUGGGGAUCAAUGGUUUGGUAAUUAUGUAUACAUUUUUCCUGCUUGUAUUACAAAGUUAGCUUUCUGCUUUAGCAAUUUACAUGAACAGCAAACAUCUGAAAAUUUUGUGUUAAUUUUGAAGACUAGGAAUAAACGUUGGUGACUGGAAAACAA